AUGUUACGCCGUUUGUGCCCUUGCAUCCGCCGGCGUGCCGCUGACCGCGACGAGCGGAAGAAGCUGAAGAAGAACCAGAAGGCGCGGGUUUCUGAUGUCUCUGAAACCAUGUGCCGUGGCUACACUGCACCUGCCGAACAGCAGCCGCUGCCACCGACGCUGCCACGCCCGCCUUCGCCGACGCCGCCGCCGCCGCCGCCGCCGCCGCCGGCGCCGCCGCUCAACACCUCAGGCGGCGAGACCACAACUACUGAUGAGCUGCUGCCCACCACCAACUUGGGCAGUGGCGAUGUCAAUGUUGAUGAUGACUCUCUGGCCCCCACCACCUCGCCUAGUGGAGAUAGUUAUGCUGCUGAGUUGCAGCCCCCCACCUCCUUUUGCAAUGGAGACAACACUGCCGACGGAGAACCGUCUCACCCCACUGUCUUCGAAGGCAGUGACACCACAUACACUAAUGAACUGCAGACCCCCACUGUCUUGCACAGUGAUGAUAUUAUUUCUGCUGAACUGCAGCCCCCCACGACACUGGGCAGUGGCAACAAGGUUGCCAACGAUGAAACACCGCAUCCCACCAUCUUGGAUGUUUGUAAUGCCUCAUCCACUAGUGAGCCACUGCCUCCCAGCAACCUUAGCAGUUGCGACACUGAUACUGCUGAGUCGCUGCCCCCAACCACCUUGGGCAGCAGCGAAACGUCUGCCGAUGUCAAGCCACCAUGUUCCCCCAACUUGGGUGUUCGCGAUGAAACAUCCACUCAUGACCUGAUCCUGCCCACCGCCUUGGGCACUGGCAAUACUAUUCCUGCUGAGUCACUGCCCCCCACCACCUCGGGCAACUUCAACACAACUGGCAGUGAUGAAGUACUGAAGCCCAUCAUCUCCCAAGAAUUGCCUCAUUUCGCUGAUGUUGCACCAUCAGCCCUACAGGGUGCGCUUCUCACUGGCCCUCCUCCAAAGCAGGCGUUCCCUACGAUUUCCAAAAAGAAAAGUCCGUCUGAUCAGCUGGUAUAUCUUCAAGGCCCUCCACCUUUUCCCGCUUUUGCAAAUAAAAUGUAA